AUGCGUCCGUUCCAAAGAUUUUCUAGUAUUUCGCUGCUACUUUGUCUUCUUAUAGUAUGUCAAAUUGUUCAUCACAGUCAUGGUCAGUUCAUCGACGAUUCAGAAACCGAUCCAGAUGAUGAAGAGGAUGAAAGUGUCGAGGAUGAGACGCCGGAAGAGAAAGCAGCACGUAAAAACAUACAGGAGGAUUCCAAUCUAACUGUGGAUAAAUUAAUUGCCAAAUAUGGCUAUCCGGCGGAAGUUCACUAUGUCACCACUGAAGAUGGAUAUAUACUAACUAUGCACCGCAUCCGCCGACAAGGCGCUCAACCAUUCCUCUUACAACACGGACUUGUUGAUAGCUCAGCUGGUUACGUUAUAAUGGGGCCGAAUAUCAGUUUAGCUUAUCUUCUUGCAGAUUAUAAGUACGAUGUAUGGCUCGGAAACGCCCGGGGUAAUCGCUACUCUCGAAAUCAUACAAAGCUUGAUCCAGAUGGUAAAAAAUUCUGGGACUUCAGUUGGCAUGAGAUUGGCAUAUACGAUCUGCCCGCAAUGAUCGAUUAUGUAUUAAAAACUACUGGGUUCAAAAGAAUACAAUAUGCGGGUCACUCUCAAGGUUGCACUGCGUUCUUCGUAAUGUGUUCGCGACGCCCAGAGUAUAAUAAAAAAGUGAUUAUGAUGCAAGCAAUGGCACCUGCGGUGUAUGCCUCGGAGACAGAGGAGCACCCAUAUAUCCGUGCCAUUAAUUUAUAUUUCCGCAGCUUGGUUGGUAGCUCAGUUACGGAAAUGUUUAAUGGAGAGUUUCGAUUUCUCUGCCGCAUGACUGAGGAAACAGAACGACUGUGCAUUGAGGCGGUAUUUGGAAUAGUGGGACGAAAUUGGAACGAAUUUAAUAGGAAAAUGUUUCCAGUUAUUUUGGGUCACUACCCCGCCGGUGUUGCGGCUAAACAAGUAAAACAUUUCAUACAAAUCAUCAAAUAUGGACGUUUUGCACCUUACAGUUACAGUAGUAACAAAAAUUUAGCACUAUAUAAAGAACACAUACCACCGCGUUAUAACCUCUCUCUGGUAACAGUUCCUACCUAUGUCUAUUAUUCAAGUAACGAUUUACUUUGCCACCCCAGCGAUGUCGAGGCAAUGUAUAAGGACCUGGGUAAUCCAAAAGGAAAAUACUUGAUACCAAUGGAAGAGUUCAAUCAUAUGGAUUUCCUGUGGGCAAUGAACGUGAGGAAACUGGUUUAUGCACGCAUGUUACGAGUACUGGGAAAAAUAACGGACCACAAAAAGGGUAAUAGCACCAAUAGUCUUGCAAAUAAGAAUGUCCCACAAAACCGGAGGCGGAGAAGAUGA